ACAUUGUCGUCCGUGAGUCGAACAGCAAGAACCAAACGAGAAACCUGUUCAGUCCGUGUCGGAGACAAGAAACGUGCAGACCAUCGGCGUUAUUAUUAUUCUCGUUUUUUCUUUUAAUCCUUCGGCGUUUGUUCUUCAGUCCCCUGUUGGAUAAAUUCUAUAACUAUACACACAUACUAGAUAAUAGUAUGUCAGUUUUGUGUAUGUGAAAGCUCUAACGCGGUCAUAACUUUUGUGUGAUUUCCUCAAUUCCAAAAUGAAAACUGUCUUCUGAUUAAAUAAGAAACAACCGACACGUUUUUUUUUUGGAAGGAAAAGUUUGUUUUUGGUGUUUGAGUUUACGUUUAUUUUUUUACACGCCGACAUUAAAAGAUGAUCCUGAAGGCGACGUAUUCGUUCCUGAUCCUUAUCGGAGUAACAUCAGUAGCAUUCGCCAAAGUUGGUCCUAAGGUACGAUGUUCAGAAGACACAAUGCGAGUGGAAGUCCCAGUUACGGCAACUACAAAAAGAAUUUAUUUGCAAGGACUAAAAGACUAUCCAGAUCCUGCGUGCCGACCCAAAAUGGACCCGACCAACUCGUUAUCAAUAUUUGAACUUAACUUGAAGGAUGUAUUCCAAUGUGGAACCACCAGGGUCACCAAUAAAUUAACGGGCAAGCAAGUGUAUUACCAGACUAUUAUAAUAGAAAAUGAGGAACCAUACUUUGUGGAAGAGAUGCUUCAUGUUAAGUGUUCCUUAACGAUUUUUAAAAAUCAUUCGGUGUCCCGUAGGGAUGUUCUUCCGGCAGGAUUUCAAGAACCGGACGAAAUCGAAAUUACAACAAGUUUUGAGCAAACAGCUCCCGAACCGCGAUUGGGAGUGGGGGUGCGUCAAGGGGGUAAGCUUGUCACAGGAGAACUAAAUGUAUCUCCAGGAACUCCCUUACAAAUGGAAAUAUUUCUCGACAAAAAUUCCGCCCCAGUUUACGGAAUCCUUGUGUCCCACAUGCAAGUAACUGACACGAAAAAACAGGAAGAAACAAUCAUUUACAACGGUUGCUCUGUCGAUCCCUACUUGUUUGAAAACUUUAAUACAGUUGAUGGAGAUUUUCUAUCAGCAAAAUUCAGGGCGUUCAAGUUUCCCGAAUCGACAUACGUUCAAUUUAAAGGAACAGUGAACGUAUGCCUAGACAAAUGUAGAGGGAUUGAAUGCAGUGACGGUACCAUAGGUUAUGGUAGAAGGAAAAGAGAAAUAUCUUCUCUCCCACCGGAUCCCAACAAGGUUUUCGAAAUAACGAUAACAUCUUUCAUCAAAGUCGACUACGAAGACCAGAAUGAGAAUUUCGAAGAACUUUUUAAAAACCAGACAAAAAUAAUGAACAACAGAAAACUGGUCGUGGGCACGAAGGAAGAACAGGACAAGAGAUUUUACAAAACUGUCGUCGAUGAGAAUCUGAUGGGAGCGCAAGAACCGGUAAGAGAAGAAAUACGGGAACAAAACAAACUGACCGCGAUUAUUGCAGAAAGUUCGGCACCAAAUGAAGCAGCCGCGAUAUUUACACUGAUUUUGACUUUGAUUUUCGGCAUUGCCCUGUAAAAUGAAUCGGUUGAUUGCAGAAGGACGAUAAAGUGUCUGUGAUAUUUCCUUAACCGACUAGAGGAUUUAAACGUGCAUUAUAACUACACUAAUUAUUAAUUAAUAAUAAUUGUAAUUAGUACCCUAAUACUUACAAUGCGAUAGUUUCCACAGGAUAAAAGAAAGCAACCUCGUAUAUAUUUGCAUAUCCAUGUGCGUAUGUACGUACGUCUUCUUUUAAUCCUUAGAAAAACUACACUAAAAUGUGCUUACUGUGGUAGCACCCAAGAAAUGAAACUUGUUCACAACACGUAUCAAAUGUGUACGGUAAAUGUUGAUAAGAACGUUGAAAUUUACCAGUAGGUAUAGGGCCUAUAAGUAAAACUUUUUUUACUAUUGUCUUAAUUACUAUUAACACAUUCAUGAUUGGAAAAAUAAAUUUUUAAUGUACACUAGUUCGGCGGUAAUAUGUUACUAAUUGCGUUUUGAUUUAUAUUUGUUUCUAUUUCCAAUCGCUUAUGCAAUUUGUGCCUGAAGAAGAGUUUACAAACAUGCUAAUUAAUUCAGCCGCCUUUGAUACCUAAUCUAAUAAUAGUUAAUAAUAAACAAACAUUAAACGUAUGCGAAAAUUCA